AUGGAUAAUUUGAAGCUGUUGUAUGAGCUGGGCAGAUUAGAAGAUCUUGUGGAAGAAAGAGUAAGGCUAACAUCAGUACUUAAGAUACGACCUUCGUCCAAGGAUAAUUUAAAUCUAAAACGGCAGUUGGAUAAGGCCUUGGACCUGCUACAUGAAACUGCAAACAAUAAUGAAGAAAAUUUGGAAAAGUAUUCUAAGCGGUAUUCUGAGAUUUUGCUUGAAAUUCCAGACAAAGUGAUUGAUUUGGCCUUAUAUGAGUUCGAGCUACCAGUCAAAGGCCAGUCACCCGAUGAUGAUACCAGUGAUGCACUUGGUUCCCGAGAUUUGCCCAAGAAAGUUCGGUUCAAGGACGAAAAUCUGGUCAGCUACAAUGAAUCUGAACAAUUUGAACCAUACCACGACGAGCCACAACCAGUUCCUAAGAUAGACGCUAAGGUUGAGGAUGAUAGGAUGAAACUUUUAAACCGGGCUGAACCAUCACAGGCUGCGGUGACUGCACCCGCCUUAUCGAACCAAGGGCUGUUCAUACAGCAGCAGCAGCAGUUGCUGGAGCAGGAUACGUACUUGGAUGCCUUGGGUGAGUCUGUUCGAAAAUCGCACGAUUUUGCAAUGGAUAUAAAUGACGAAGUGACAGAGCAGAAUAAUCAAGUCCUGCACGAUCUGGAAAGUCUUGUUGAUAACAGUGGGAGAAACCUUGAUCGCGCCAAGAGGAGGCUACAGGUUUUUGAAAGUACGGCAAGAGAGAACGGACCAUGUUUCAUUAUCCUACUGCUUAUACUGAUAUUACUACUCUUAUUGAUAAUGCUGUGA